UUUCUUAAAAAAAAUAGCUAAUGAGCCUCUUCACGUUAUACCAAAUCAUUCGGAUGAGUUGAUUGAUUUAUUAGAGAAAAAAUUAACCCAAUCAUGACCAACAACGGAAGCGGAAACUCGAAACACACGCUAGCUCACUUCCUCGGACGAAAUCCACGUGCAUCGAAACAGCUCAACUCUCCGGUGUGUCUGCGUAUAUUAACAAAAUGAAACGCCCGAAGUUGAAGAAAGCAAGUAAGCGCGUAACCUGUGCAAAGCGUUUCAAAAUUGAGAAAAAGGUCCGGCAACACCACAAAAAACUACGUAAAGAAGCCAAAAAAAAUGGGAUAAGCAAGCGUGUCAAGAAGGAUAUUGGGGUACCGAACAGUGCACCUUUCAAAGAGGAGAUUCUGAGGGAGGCUGAGAAGAGAAAACUAGCGCUUGACGAGCUGAAGGAACAGACCCGAAUUGCCAAGAUAACCGUAAAGGCCCAGAAAAGAAAGCAGGAGAAGGAAGCUGCUAAAGCAGAAACAGAGCCCAAGGCCAAAAAACAGAAAAAGGAUAAGAAAACAAAGCAGAAGAAGAAACAGUCCGCUACAGGCUCAGACAGAAGCUCCAAGAGGUUCCGUUGCCAAGAACUGAACAAGGUCAUUCAAGCAUCUGAUGUGGUUGUAGAAGUCCUUGAUGCCAGAGACCCUCUUGGUUGCCGGUGUCCUGAGCUUGAGGAGGCCGUUUUGAAACAUGAGGGCAAGAAGCUGAUGUUCCUGUUGAACAAGAUAGAUCUUGUACCAAAGGACAAUCUGAAAAAAUGGCUGGAUUAUCUUCAACUGGAGUGUCCAACAUUUGUCUUCAAAGCAUCCACGCAAGUUCAAGACAGAACAGUGGAAGAGAAGAAGAGACGGAAGGGAAGUGGACGAGUGGAUCACUCCCGAGCGUUUGCUGCUUUAGGUGACACGUGUCUCAUGGAGCUGCUAGAAAAUAUUGCCAAAACGCGCGACACAGAAAUCAUGCUUAAAGUUGGUGUUGUCGGUUUCCCCAGCACAGGGAAGAGCAGUCUGAUCAACAGCAUGAAGGGUGUGAGGGCCUGCCAUGCUGGAGUUCAGCGAGGACUGACCAAGUCCAUGCAGGAAGUCCACAUCUCCAAAGCUGUCAAGAUGAUUGACAGCCCUGGAAUAAUUGCAACGCCUUCCAACCCUCCCGUUUCCAUGGUGCUCAGAAGUCUGAAGGUAGAGGAGAAAGAGGAAAGCCCAGUGGAAGCUGUUAGAAUUCUUCUAAACCAGUGUAACCAGCAGCAGAUUAUGCUGCAGUAUAAUGUUCCAGACUACAGAAAUUCAAAUGAAUUUUUGACCUAUUUUGCCAAGAAGCGUGGAUUAAUGAUAAAAGGCGGUGUCCUGAACACUGAAUUGGCUGCCAGCACAUUUUUGAAUGACUGGACAGGAGCGAAACUGAGCUACUACUCCAAGCCCCCUACGAACCACUCCCUGCCUCCAUACCUGUCAGACGCCAUGGUAACAGAGAUGCAGAGGGAUGUGGAUAUGGUCAAGCUCAAGAGUGGCAACGAGGAAACCAUUAACAGUGUGAAGUGUCCAAACCCAGCUAGCAGUAUGGAAUUCCUCUCGACGGGUCCCACUGCUGGGACGUUUAACGAGGACGAGAUCCCAGAGGAGAAGGCUGUGGAGGCAGUCAUGGAGACGGUCGUGGAGGAAGACGAAGAGGAGAUGGUGGGUGGCAGUGAGGCGGCUGAGAUGGAUGACCUUCAUGAAGAUGAAGCGGAAGAGACAACACAGAAGAUAGAAACAGGUGAAACGGCAUCAGCAGCCCAUAAGGCAGAGGUUAAACGGGUUACCUUUAAUGUUGACCUCUCUUCCGGACGGCAAAAUGACAACGAUACAUAUGACUUCAACACAGACUUUAUGUGAGCUUUUGGAGCUUGGUCUUUUUUUUUUUUUACAUUUUGAUGUAAACUUCAUUUUCCUGUUGACCUUACUGUCUAAGGUCUGUCAAUUUAUUGUGCAUUCUCUGUAAAUAUGCCGAUGUUAAAAUAAAUGACUCAUCUAUAAA